CGAGAUUCCACUAUGUCUUCAAGAUGUAAACCCUAAUAACAUCUUCACAUAGAGAAGGUAGGGUUUGCGAAUUCGUUUCAGAGAAGCAGCAAGGUAAGCAGAUAGCCGCAACCUGAGGAACCAUGGGUCGCAUGCACAGUCGUGGGAAGGGUAUCUCCGCUUCGGCUCUGCCUUACAAGAGAACUCCUCCUAGUUGGCUCAAGAUCUCCUCCCAAGAUGUUGAUGAGAACAUUUGCAAGUUCGCGAAGAAAGGUUUGACACCAUCGCAAAUCGGAGUGAUUCUUCGUGAUUCUCACGGUAUUGCUCAGGUCAAGAGCGUCACAGGAAGCAAGAUCUUGCGUAUUCUCAAGGCUCAUGGGCUUGCUCCUGAAAUUCCCGAGGAUUUGUACCACCUGAUCAAGAAGGCAGUUGCGAUACGGAAGCAUCUGGAGAGGAACAGGAAGGACAAGGAUUCCAAGUUCCGGCUGAUUCUUGUUGAGAGCAGAAUCCACAGGCUCGCUCGCUACUACAAGAAGACUAAGAAGCUCCCUCCUGUCUGGAAAUACGAGUCUACAACUGCCAGCACUCUUGUUGCUUAAGCUUGGUAUGUGGUUGGGCCCAGUUUUGAGAUUUAGUUGUGGUAUGGAUGCUAUCUGGCUCUUAAUCGGCAGAUAGUCUUCCCUUAGUUUGGAAAUUAGUGGUUCGAACAAGUAAGUGAUUCAUAAAGAUUGAAAGAUAUUAUUUUACUUCUAAAUGGAUGGAAGAACAGAAGAGUUAUGUUUUGAACCAAAAAUUCUUAUUUUAAUUUAUGAUUUUCAAAUUUAAUUUAUGCUUAA